AAGCAGGUACCUUGGUAUUCGACGACCACAUUCCAGCAACAACAAAGCGCAUUACCUACAAUUACCUGCAUAAAGAGACAACACCAACCAUGUAUCCACUUUUUAUAUGUCCUGUGUUCGCAGUACUUGUCGCAGCUUUUGCGCAAGAUAUGCAGCAGGCGCCUAAGAAUGUAGUUCGCGACGAAGGACCUUUAGCAUACCAAUCGAAUAGUACACUGCAGGUAGACUUGGGGUAUGCAAUAUAUGAAGGAAUCGCCAAUACCUCUACCGGGCUAAAUACAUUCAAGGGUAUCCGUUUCGCCGCCCCACCAGUAGGAUCACUGCGCUGGCAACCGCCUCAACCACCAAUUGUCAAUCGCACUUCCAUUCAGAAAGCAGGAUCCUACAGCGCACAAUGCCCCCAAAGCUUGGACGCCGUUCCCGGCCAGAAGUAUCUGCUUGGUGACGAAGACUGUUUGUUUCUGAACGUAUAUGCUCCCAAUAACGCUGUUAAUCUACCCGUACUAGUAUGGAUUCACGGUGGCGGUUAUGGGUUUUUCCAUGGAAAGCAGGACUUCAGCGAGAUCAUAAACACGAACAACAACAGUUUUAUUGGCGUGGGUAUCCAGUAUCGACUCGGCGCAUUUGGUUUCCUAUCAUCCGACGAAGUGUUCCGAUACGGUACAGUAAAUGCCGGUCUUUUGGACCAGAACUUUGCUCUUCAAUGGAUUCAGAAGCACAUCUCCUCAUUUGGAGGUGAUCCCUCGCAGGUAACAAUCUCGGGUAUCUCAGCAGGCGCUGGUUCAGUGAUGCUGCAUGACAUAUCAUACGGAGGAACACUGGGCACUACUUUAUUUACCAACUCUAUCACCUCAUCGCCGUACCUUCCAACACAAUACAAGUACAAUGACUUUGUUCCUACCCAAGCCUACUACGCUUUCGCAACCGCUGCGGGGUGUCCACCCACCUAUGCUUAUGGCCGUAAUUCACAAACGAUAUUUAACUGUCUUCAAAAGCAAGACACGGAAAUUCUGAAACAAGCUUCGCAUAAUGUUUCCACAACUGGAGGGUCCUUCGGGUCAUGGGCCUUCCUCCCUGUAACCGACGGGAAUUUCUUGCAAGAAACACCUAGCCAAGCGCUUCUCAAGAGAAAAGUCAAUGGGCUCAGACAUCUCACAGCUGACAUGGCGGAAGAAGGACCAGCCUACACCCCUCAAAGCAUUAGUACCGAAGAAGACCUCAAAGCAUGGAUCGAACAAGCAUUUCCACUUCUAACCUCGGAAGACGUGCAAAAGAUUCUCCAACAGUACCCCUACACACCGCUAAAUAACGGAAACGAUACAAUACCCGAAUAUCCUACAGCAGGGGAUUCCGGUGCAACCUCGAUAAUGACAAGUCAGAUAGCUUCAGGCCACACUCAACGCGCCAACGCCAUCCUCGGUGAAACAACUUUAUACUGUCCAGGAUACUGGCUCGCAAGCGCAUACAGCUCUUCGACUUCGUCCAAUUCUCCCCCCAACAAACAAUAUCACAGCUGGAAAUAUCAAUUCUCAGUUCCCACCGCACUUCACGGCUACGAUCUAGAGGCCUACUUUGGCCCUGCACGACAGAACCAGGGUCCGGACCUCACUCGCGCCUUGCAAACGGCAUGGGGUAACUUCGUACGUUUCGGAAACCCUUCUAUACCUUCAUUUCUUGCAUAUGGCGCGUCAUCUUCCAAUUCUACAAACUCUUCGCAUCCGUUGGCGGAUUGGCCUGAAUACUCGAGUGCGAACCCGCAGAUGGCCAAUUUCAAUCAGUCGGGUGGCACCCCGUAUCAAUUUCUGGCGGUAGAGACGGCGACGCAGGGAGGCUUGACUGUUGUUGGGAAGGAAGAGAAGUGGGUGACGAUAUAUGGGGAACCGGGGCUGAAGAAUGAUUUUAGACUUGUCGAUGCAUGGUCGUGGGAAGGCGGUAGGGGGUCGAGAUGUGAUUUUUGGAGAUCAAUCGCGGCGAAUGUGCCUGAGUGA